AAAUAAAUACAAAUUUAACUUUCUCUGUUGCCCCACUAUUGGACAAAAAGUUUAGGGUUUUACCACUCGCCGUUGAGUGCAUGACUCACCGCGAAUCGCGCUUCUUUUCAAGUACAGAAUAGAAAGCUCUAGAAUACCCAACGGCAGAACUUUUCGUCAAAAUAAAUAAAUAUAAGGUCCUGUUUAUGACGUCUCUAUUCCUUUUAUCAAGGACUAGGGCAGUUCUAUUUUCACUAAAUUACCCACUUUCUUCUUCACCAGUGGUUUAGACCAAAGAAGGGGAAUCCCGAAUUCUUUUAAUCAAAAUCGAAAAACACUGUUGCUUUUUGUUUUUUUACCUCUAAAAAAAGUCGUUUUCGUAAAGUCUCCCAAACGUGGCCCAAGUUUGGAGGGUUUUGUGCGUCUCUCGCUUAUAUUCUGAGAGAAGAAGAAAAAAAUAAAGAUGGAGGAAACAGACCGACGAACACAGACUCCAUGGAUGAGUUUAGAGCAAUCUACAAGAAUUGAAAUCAAGAGUCAUGAUUUGCCGAUCACGGAACCAAUGGUAACCGAUAGAUAUGGGAGCGAAUUCGUUGCUCAGCACAAUAACAAUACGUCCGAUUCGAAUCUAGGGAUUGUAGAGCGAGCUUUCUCUGCUGCCGGUGCCGCCUUUUUAUCCGCCAUCAUCGUUAAUCCUCUCGAUGUUGUUAAGACAAGGUUGCAAGCUCAGGCUGCGGGAGUACCUUACUCACAUCCGCUAAGUAAUCUUAUUGGUCGAAUGGCAUAUUUUGGACCGAACAUGAUGUUUGCUGAUUUAAGAUGCUCACCAUCAUGCACACGAGCCGGAGUCCAUGGCACUGUUGCAAUUUGUCCUCCUGAUUGUUUUCAGUACAAAGGAACAUUAGAUGUCUUCAACAAGAUUAUACGCCAGGAGGGAUUUUCUAGGUUGUGGAGAGGGACUAAUGCAGGUCUGGCUUUGGCUGUACCAACGGUGGGAAUCUAUUUACCUUGCUAUGACAUGUUCCGCAACUGGAUGGAGGGGUUCACAGCACAACAAAUGCCUGGUGCAACACCAUAUGUCCCUUUGGUUGCUGGGUCUUUGGCAAGGUCAUUAGCUUGUGUGACAUGCUACCCUAUUGAACUUGCUAGAACACGCAUGCAGGCAUUUAAAGAAGCUCAAAUUGGAAAGAAGCCUCCUGGAGUGCUUAGUACCCUUUUAGGGGUCCUCUCCAAUGUCAAGGGCACAAACUCUCAGAGCAGUUUGCUAGGCUACCGCAUUUUAUGGACAGGCAUGGGAGCACAGCUUGCUCGUGAUGUUCCUUUCUCUGGAAUUUGUUGGUCAACCCUUGAACCUAUCAGGAGAAGACUUCUGGGUUUCAUGGGUGAAGAAUCCAAUGUAGCUACUGUCCUUGGGGCAAACUUUUCUGCUGGGUUUGUUGCUGGAAGCCUAGCUGCUGCUGCUACCUGUCCUCUAGAUGUUGCUAAAACUCGAAGACAGAUAGAGAAGGACCCUGCGAGGGCAUUGCGAAUGACAACAAGACAGACACUGAUGGAAGUUUGGAGGGAUGGAGGAAUGAGGGGACUUUUUACAGGAGUUGGUCCUCGUGUUGGCCGUGCUGGCCCUUCGGUUGGGAUUGUGGUUUCGUUUUAUGAAGUAGUGAAGUAUGUUCUACAUCACAAUUAUGCAACUUCAUGACGAACAAGAGCUGCUGAUCGCCAGUUUUUUGGUCUUCUAAGCAUUUGCUUCUUUACAGAAGUUUGAGGAGACAAAGUUCAAUCUUUUGAUGUGGAUAAGGAUGACGUGGCAGGCUGAUGAUAUGCAAUUUUGGUGUAGAUUCUUUUCUCUAGGUCACAAGAGUCAAGAUUUGACGUUUCCUGUGGAUUCAUACGGUAGGCUGUUGGUAAAUAAUGAACGGUUUCACUGCUGUAGAUCCUAAUCUCGGUCAUCAAAUGCGAGUUGAGGGUAGCACAUAGAUAUUCCUUUGUUGCACAAUUUUGCUAUUGAUAUUACUAAGUUUCUCACUGCUCAAGUUGAGGGGCAAUUUUGAUCAUUUAGUUAAUUUUUUUUUUUUCUGAUGUGGUCUCAUUUCUAAUUUUAUCCCCUUGAAAUGAAAACAAGGGAUUAUUUAACCUACAAAUGCUCGCGACUGGUGUUAGCAUCAAGUGGAAGCCCUUCUCUCCAGCUUAUUGCAUUUGAGAGCGAACUGGUUCCACUCUUGUAUCCAAAUGAUUGAAAGUUUGUUAUUCAGUCAAAAGGGUCUCUCUCGAUCAAAUUAUUCACUUCAUUUUCUAGCAACAAAAAAAGAAGGAAAAUAAAUGGGUAAUGUUUUCUUCCUCAGUGUUUCGUUUCUCAUUUCUUUCCAUUUUUUAAACUGAAUUUGACGACUGCUUACACAGACAUACCUAUAUUUAGGUAUGUAUGUACAUGUACACCUCACUCUGGGAGGAAAGAAAAU